AUGCAUUUCACCUACCAAACCAUCAGCACUCUUGUAGCCUUCGUGCUCUUCAACUCGGUUACUGCUGCCCCGGCCACCGAGGUCACCAAUGUCGCCGCCGGCGCUGUGGCAUGGGCCGACCCUACAAACUGCCACCGAUUCUACGAAUGCCCUGCUGGCGGAACGCCCGUUUUGAAGACCUGUGGCCCCGGAACCGCCUUUCAGGCGAAGUAUAGCAUCUGUGACUACGAGCACCUGGUGGCUAGCUGCCGGCAUCACUAA